GCUUUCCACGGCUCGUUUUUCUUGCAUCUAUUGCAACCGGGGUUGCAUCUGUUCUCUCCCUCUGCCUCCCUUUGGAAGCCCCCAUAGGAAUCCUAUAUUGGGGCCCGGGUCGCCUCUUCCUGGCCCCUUCCCCAGCAACGCUGCUUAAAUUCCCUGCGCGGAAAAGACAGGGUGGCAUUCAGACGAUCGGGGCGGACGCGUGUCUGCACCAAACGGGGGGUGUCAGCCUAGCUUGCAGCGGGAGCUUUAGUUUUAAAAAAAAGUUUGAAAAAGUUUCCCACGAGGGCACCAGCCUCUCUAUAAACUCUGAAUAUUCGCCUUUUUUCCCCCUUUUCUUUCUGGGGUUUCGCCUCUUUUUUUCUUUCCUUUUUGCAAGGACACCCCGCCGAGGCUCUUGGCUCCCCAUGGACGCAAAAUGUUCCCAGCUUUUGCCUUCCGUUUGCGCCGUCCUGGCUGAUCCCGGGCGCCCCGUGGCGGACGACACGUGCCUGGAAAAACUGUUGGACUGGUUUAAGGCUCUGGCCAGCGCUGGGCCUGGUUUGCGGGUGUUAAAAGAGAACCCGUGUCUGAUGGAGUUGAUCCUUGCGGUGCUGAAGCAAGGGGAGCCGGAUCCCGUCCUCCUGUCUUUCGUCCUGAGGCUCACGGGCAUCUUUGCCGCUUCCGAAAGCAGCUUCCAGUAUCUGCAGCAACGGGAGGUGGUGUUUGGAGCCUUUGGAGAAGCGGGUCCCCUGGGCAGCCCACUCUGGGAGGACAUGACCAUCCGGAGCGGCUGGGUGCAAGGAGCCUUCGUCAUGCUGCAGCAUUACAGCGCCUUCCAAUUCCUCUGCAACUCUGGAGCUCUGGAUGUGGUCUUCACGCUUCAAGGAGACCCCAGCCUCUUCAUCGCUGCGGGAGCCAACCGGCUGCUUGCCCGCCUGCUCAUUUUCUCCGUGGCGUCCGAACCGUCUCGCCUUCUCAGUUCCAAGGACUGCGAUUGGCCGGCCUGUGCGCGGAUGAUGGUGGCCCGCCUUGAGGAGGCUCUCCGGUCCCGCUCUCCGUCCCGCAUCAAGAACUCCCUGAAGCUCUUAACGACGUUGUUUGAAGACAGCCAGGAUGCCUGGACCGAAAUCUUGUGGUCGCGCCUGGCGGAGACGGUGGAAGCGCUCCUGAUGGAAGAGCCCGCCCAAGCAGAGCCCUGGUUGGUCGAUCUGUUCCUUAGCAUGGCGAGGUCUCCUGCCUUUAGCUCCCAGGAAUGCAGCCUUUGGAAGCUGGUGGCCCUUGCCCUGAAGAAUAUCAGCCUGGCUCAGGUCGGCCCACUGGCACAUGGACUUUUGAAGCUUGAGGCAUGCCCACAGGCCAUCAAAGCCCAGGGCCUAGCUGUUUUGCUCCAGCCGAUGGACUGCAUCUUGCGAGCCACUUCGCAUCCCUUAGCUGCCUCCCUGAGUGCGUCCUCCGUGGAGUCUCCUCUGUCUACCAGCCUCCUGUGUCAGACGAUGGCUCACCUUGAGGAGAUCCAGGAGACGGCGUGUGUGGCAGUGGAGUCACCCCAUAGGCCUUUGUUAUGCGCCGUCGUGACCGUUCUACAGCUUUGCGCUGGCCAGGAGGUGUCGUCCUCCUCUGACGCUACCCUAGACCACCUCUUGAUUGGCAGCUUUCGAGUCCAGAGGGCGGCUCUCAGCCUCUUGGGAGAACUCUCACGAUGGGCUGCAGCAAUUCACGAUGAAGAAAGGCUACAAGUGUUUGCUGUUCUCCUAGCCUAUAUACGGAGUCCAGACAGCAGUCCUGUGAUAUUGAAGAAAGCCCUUCUAGGAACCCUGAAGUGGCUUCUGCGUGCCCUGCAACCUUCCGUCACCCUGGCCGAUCUCCAGCAACACCGAAAGUUUCUCAGAGAUGCUCUGCAGGUGUUACGGAAACAUCUGUGCAGCCCCAGCUGGGAAGUGCGGGAUUCCUCCUUGGAGUUCCUCAGCCUGGCGAUGAAGCGUUUGAGAGGGCUUGACUGGUUUUGGCAAGAGCUGCUCUCUUCAGAGUUGCCCAUGCUUCUGGAAGGUCUUCUGAAUGACCACGACAGCUACGUCCGUGCCAGCGCCGUGAAGACCUGGGGCCAUUUCUCCCUCCAGGCCCACCCAGAAACGCCUGGUGUGAAAAGGAAUGAGAACACCAAAGAGGUGUGUGCCGGGGGCGCUCGCCUGCUGGAAAUCUUGUCUUCGGACUCCGAAGGUUUUCCUCGCCGAGCUGCCGUCGGGGUCUUCAUUGACUGGCUGAAGGAAGGGCACCCCGAGGCCUCGCCGGACCCGGCUCAGUUCGUUUCCCGAGCUCUUCAAGCUGCGGAUGGAGACUUAGACUGGGAAGUCAAAAUCCGCGCUCUGGAACUGGCGGGAGUUUUCAUCGGCCAGACGCUUGACGGGCUCGGACUCGGGGAGGGCUCCGCUUCGGCCGGUUCGUCGCUUGCCAAGACGCCGGCGCCUCUCGCCGACGCGCUGCGGCUCUUCUGCCAAAUGGAACUGUUUGGCUUCCUUUUCAGAGGCCUCCAGGACUGCGACAGGCCGGUGGCGCUCAAGGCCUGCGAGGUUCUUUUGGCCCUGAAAUCCGCUCUUUGCAAACACCGGUCGAAAUCGUCACCGGCAGGAGAUGCUGCUGGGCUUAAGGACGUCCCUACGGAGACUCCUUCUCCUCUUCCUCUGAGCCUUCCUGCUGGGGAGGCCGCUGAAAAGGAUUGCCAGGAUCCGGAAAGUCUGCUGCUGAUCCUAGAGUCCACGGACCUGGAGGGUUUGCGAAGGGCUCUGGAUGUGAGCAGCGAUCACUUGGAGAGGAAUCCGGAGUCUCUCCUGCAGGAUAUCCUGGCUGCUGCAGGGAACGCGGAGGAAAACAAGGUGGAUUGCUAUUGAAGAGGUCAGCUGGAGCUUGGAAAAGGAGCCACUGUAUUAAGCCACUUAAUGAAGACUGCCAGCACGCUGCCUUUUUCCAGGUACCUCCAGAAAGUGGACCUGGUAGAGUGAAUUAAAACUGAAACUCGCAUACAGGGAGAAUAAACACCAAAGAAAAGACAUUUUGCACCAGGAGGGAAAACUCACACAAGAUUUAGGUUGAAUGCAAGAGGUAAACAUAAAUAAAAUAAAUACCCGAUACUCCUU